GGGGAAGUGGUGUGGCCGCCAUUGUCGCAGCUGCUCCGGAAUAAGGAGGCGGCUGCGGCUGCUUAUGUCUGGCUUGCCUCUGAUCAGACUUAGUCUGAUCUGAAGAUAUUGGAGUUUAAGGCAUUAAGAAAAUAGCCUGAAUUGUUCAUGGAGUUUUUCAUCAGUAUGUCUGAAACCAUAAAAUAUAAUGACGAUGAUCAUAAAACACUGUUUCUGAAAACGCUGAACGAACAGCGCCUGGAAGGAGAAUUUUGUGACAUCGCGAUCGUGGUUGAAGAUGUGAAGUUCAGAGCCCACCGGUGUGUCCUCGCGGCCUGCAGCACAUACUUCAAGAAGCUCUUCAAGAAGCUGGAGGUGGACAGCUCUUCCGUCAUAGAGAUCGACUUCCUCCGCUCCGACAUAUUCGAGGAGGUCCUGAACUACAUGUACACAGCCAAGAUCUCCGUGAAAAAGGAGGACGUCAACCUGAUGAUGUCGUCAGGUCAGAUUCUGGGUAUCCGCUUUUUGGAUAAACUCUGUUCUCAGAAGCGUGACGUGUCUAGUCCCGACGAAAGUAACGGCCAGUCGAAGAGUAAGUACUGCCUCAAAUUAAAUCGCCCCAUGGGGGAUGCCGCUGACGCUCAGGAUGAUGACGUGGAAGAGAUUGGGGACCAGGAUGACAGCCCUUCAGACGACACGGUAGAAGGCACUCCCCCGAGUCAGGAGGACGGCAAGUCUCCCACAACCACCCUCAGGGUUCAGGAAGCGAUUUUGAAAGAGCUGGGGAGCGAGGAAGUCCGGAAAGUGAACUGCUACGGCCAGGAAGUGGAAUCCAUGGAGACUCCCGAAUCCAAAGAUUUGGGGUCUCAGACCCCUCAAGCCUUAACAUUUAACGAUGGGAUGGGUGAAGUGAAGGAUGAGCAGACUCCUGGCUGGACAACGGCUGCCAGUGACAUGAAGUUUGAGUAUCUGCUUUACGGUCACCACCGGGAGCAGAUCGCCUGCCAGGCGUGUGGUAAGACGUUUUCUGACGAAGGCAGACUGAGGAAGCAUGAGAAGCUGCACACGGCAGACAGGCCGUUUGUCUGUGAGAUGUGUACGAAGGGUUUCACCACCCAGGCGCACCUGAAGGAACACCUGAAAAUCCACACAGGGUAUAAGCCCUACAGCUGUGAGGUGUGCGGGAAGUCGUUUAUCCGCGCCCCGGACCUGAAGAAGCACGAGCGGGUUCACAGCAACGAGAGACCGUUUGCGUGUCACAUGUGUGACAAAGCCUUCAAACACAAGUCUCACCUCAAGGACCACGAGAGGAGACACAGAGGGGAGAAGCCUUUCGUGUGCGGCUCCUGCACCAAGGCGUUUGCCAAGGCCUCGGAUCUGAAGCGGCACGAGAACAAUAUGCACAAUGACAGGAAGCAGGUCACCCCCAGUGCCAUCCAGAGUGAGACGGAACAGUUGCAGGCUGCGGCUAUGGCUGCCGAGGCCGAGCAGCAGCUGGAGACCAUCGCCUGUAGCUAGUGUCAGCUUGGGAACACUUGGCCUGGGAGGUCGAUGCCGAGGUCGCGUUGAUCGGAGCCUGUCAACACCUUUGACUGCUGCUGUGGCAACUUAGAGUGUUGUAUGGCUGGACCUGAGGCAGAGCUCGCUCUGGUUAGGUAAUUUUCAAAUUUCUCAAGGCAGUUGCGUUCCCACUUUCUGACCAAACAGCCUUCCUCCCCACCCCCCACCGUGGUGUCUAGUGUUCACCUUCCCUGUAAGCUCCCCUGGCCCUUCUCUGUGGCUUUAAUUUGAAAACUCCUCUGUCCGGUUGGAAGUGAGCGGCUUCUGUUCCAUUCUUGAUUUCUCUACGCUUGCCAAGCGGGUGAGUGUGCUGAACAGAGUCAUUGGAAAAAAAAAAUCCAUUUCCUAAUCAUCCCCAUACAUGUGACUUCCAGUCAAAACAGCAGUCUUAGUAACUGGAUACAAGAACUUCCUGUUAGUUCAGGAAAAAAACGUUGGUGCAUGCGGACGCAGGGCACUGUAUAAAUACAAAACCAAGUUUGGAAACAUGGAAUGGUGUUAGUUUUGUAUUUUCCUUUGGUUGAUUUUUAGAUAUCUCUCUGUAUAUCAUUGUUUUUACUGUUUCUGUGGACAGUAAAUGGUUGCCUUGCUGAAGUGUUUCUUAAUCCUUUGAUGAUGGCCCCUGUAUGUACUCCACAUGCUGCCGGUCACGUGUGCCUCAGGGUGAGUGAGACCACUGGAGUGCUGGCUGUGCCGGAACUGAGUUCCUCUUCCAUCCAGGGUGGGCCGCUCUACCUGAGGGUGUCUGUGGCGUGAGGGGAGUGAGAGGAGGAGAGAAGUCUCCAAGACAAGGUUUCCACAGAUACAGAAACCCCAAGAUUUCCUAGGUCUUCAAAUCCUGACUGAUUUGAGAAUUGGUUUUGUAUUCAAGAUCAAAAUGAGGACAAGAAACAGAAGUGAUUCUUGAUGUUUUUGUAGGUGACAGAUGAUCAAGCUUUGGGACUCUCUGGGGCACUCCUUUUCUCACAAAGAAGAUGCUGAAAUGAAUUUAAGAUCUUUCAAAUGUGUAAAUAGUAGUGUUGGUCCUACAUGUUUCAAGGAAAAGGACAGCUGCACUUUUUAUUAUUUUUAUUUUUUAUUUUUUUUGCACAUUGGAUUAAAGUACCUUUCAUUGGCAACAAACAUCAGACUGUCUUAACCAGUAUUGAAGAUCAUCAGACCAAACAUUUCAUGUUUUCCAAGUAUGUUUUAUCACUGGCUACAGUUUUCAGUAGAAGCUGGCUGCCUUUUUGUAGCCAUAAAUCAGAAUUAUGAACUUUGUUUCAGAUCUGGCAUACUAAAUGUGCUUUUAACUAUUUCCUUAGGAGUAUAUUGAAACGCCAGCAGAGUUUGAAUUACGUUCUGUGAGAGAGUAUUAGAUGAUUGUUUUAGGAUAUGUACAGUUGUAGAAAGUGCCAACUUUUAAGAUUCAUGUUGGUUCUUAAGAUUUUCUUUUAAAAAACAUAACAUUAAAAUGAUUUCAUUACAUGGCUUGCUGUAUUACCCGUUACGGCUAUUGUGAGAAAUUUUUAUUUUCAUAAUUGGUGUACGUGUUAUGCCCAAGAUUGUCAGGUGGCGAUGCUGCCUUUCAAAUUCUCUUAUUUAUUGGUAAAAUGUUUUGGUUUAAAAUUAAUUUUUCCUGAAAGCUCUUUGUGUUCUGUAUCGGAGGCAGUCCUGUCAGUGUGUUUCUGUGCUGUAAGGAGGGGCCGACUGCUGUUCCCAGGCUGUGUUGACCAAAGCAAACGUGAAAUCAGCUGACAUCCUGUUGAUAGCUACUUCAACAAACCAUAUUUUGGGCCUUUGUUUUUGUAUAUAAAGAAAGUACUCUA